AUGUUUGCUUCACGUAUUUUACGACGAAUUUCUGUUAGGACCUUAUCAUCUUAUAAUUAUACUAAAGCCGCCGCGAUACUUGCCAAUUCACCUCUGGAUAAGAAAGAUGGAAUUUUACAACUUUCAAGUUCAUAUCCGAAAGAUGUUUCUAUUCCCAAAAUAGUUGUGGAAACUAGUACCACUCCAUUGCGUAUCAGAAUGGAACAAUUCAUAAGGAAUCUUCAAGAAAGUAUAGUGAGAGAAAUAGAAACAAUUGAUGGUAAAAAAUUUUUAAUCGACAGGUGGGAACGUACUCAAGGUGGUGGUGGUGUAUCUUGUAUAUUACAAAAUGGAAAUGUCUUUGAAAAAGCAGGUGUAAAUGUUUCGAUAGUACACGGGGACUUACCUGAACCAGCAUUACAACAAAUGAAAUCUCGUCAAAAAGAUAUUGAUCCUUCAAAAGGUCCAUUUCCUUUUUUUGCCUUAGGAAUUUCAAUUGUAAUGCAUCCUCAUAAUCCUCACGUCCCCACGAUACACUUGAAUUAUCGAUAUUUUGAAAUUGAUUCCGGAUCAUCAAAAAUAUGGUGGUUUGGUGGUGGGUCCGAUCUUACACCUUCAUAUCUUUACGAAGAAGAUGCAAUUCACUUUCAUGAAACUUUAAAAGAUGCAUGUGACAAGCACGAUCUCACGUAUUACCCAAAAUUUAAGAAAUGGUGUGAUGAUUACUUUUUCUUAAAACAUCGGGAAGAAUCGCGUGGAGUAGGAGGAAUAUUUUUUGAUGAUUUGGAUGACAAAUCUGAAGAGGAAAUAUUUGCAUUUGUCAAACAAUGCGGCCUUUCAUUCUUACCUUCAUAUACUCCAUUGAUUAAACGAAGAAUGAAUGCAAAGUUUACAGAGAAUGAAAAAAUGUGGCAACAAUUAAGAAGAGGUAGAUAUGUUGAAUUCAAUCUUAUAUGGGAUCGUGGAACUAAAUUUGGUUUACAAACACCUGGAGCAAGAAUUGAAAGUAUCUUUAUGUCUUUACCAUUAACCGCACGUUGGGAGUAUCAACAUAAACCCAUAGAAAAUAGUCGUGAGGAUGAAUUAUUAAAGGUUUUAAAACAUCCACGCGAUUGGGUAUGA